AUGACGGAGGAAGAGGAUCAAGUAGUACUACGACCAGAGGCCUCUUCUUCUUCUUCAUCAUCAUCAUUAGUAAUAACGACUCACACGAACAAUAACCAAAGGAACAAUGAUCACCACAACGAGUCUUCUUCUUUAACGCCUCCGCUCGCAAAUUCGGUGGAAUCUCAACAAGUACCACUUACAUCAUCAUCAUCCUCAUGGAAUUGUCCUCCUCCUCCUUCUCUUUUACCGAUCCUAACGAAUAGUUCUUCUUCAUCAUUGCUGGGAAUUGAUAACCACAAGAACAAAAGCAAACGGCCGUCCUCAUCCUUGCAAAGAGAAGGAAUGAUGACCUCUCCUGUUCUUCUGGAUUGCUCUCCUCCACUCAACUUCUCUCAAGCCUUUUCUUCUUCCAUCAACCGACGCGAUGAUGAUCCAUGCCAACAAGAACAACAACACCACCACCAUCACAACCUCCAUACGAAGAACAUUUCCUCCAUAACAACAACAACAACCUCUCAGCACGAGUCCUGUUUUGAAAUCCUCUCGAACAGAUCUUGCGGAUCUUGUUCCGUGUCUUCACCUCCUCUUCCACCAUCGACAUCAUCACUGAUGGAGGAUCAGCUCGAUACCAGCACAACAGAACAACAACAACAACAGAAACAUCAACACAAUGAAACGACGAGUUCAGAAGACCAGUCAUCCACCAUGACAACAACCUCAAUCAACCCAACGAAACCUCACACGAGAGUUCCUUCUCAUUCCACUUCUUCUCUAGUGGAGUUGACGACAUCGUUAUUGAAUGAUCUCUCUGAAUUGGAUGAACGACAAUGUCAUAGAACAAUAAGCAACUCCGAUGUGUCACAACAAGUUGAAGCAACAACAGUAACAUCAUUUUCACCAAUGGCUCUCUCAUUUCCUCACCAUGAAAACCCUACAAGAACUGUGGUAGUUGCGAGCCACAAAACUACCCACAUUCAUCACAAAACGACAAUUCAUGAAAACAGUGACUUGUCACCUUUAGUGUUGUCAGAAGAGACAACAACGCCCACAACAAACAAUUCUUCCUCUUUUUUCGAAGAUAUUCCUCAAUUCAUUCAAUCCAAAUCAAGUACAAAAUUGACACAACUCGAAGAUGACAUGCUGGGAUUGAUUCUUACUUUUUGCGAUAUUUCUCAAUUUGAAAGUUUGGCAACGACAUGUCGUUUGUUUUACCACAAGUUUUCUAUGAGCUACAUGUUUAAAGACGUUUUCUCGAAAGUGAAAAAACCUUCAAGGCGAGAUCUUUCAUCGAUUCCUUCAGACCUUACUCAUAUAAGCCCAUUUCUAAAGCAAGCUCUCCGUCAAAUGUAUCAUCCGGUCGUAUUUGUUCCCCUUCGAUGCAUGCAGUUCAAUGCAUACACUCUCUUUAAGGAUGCCAUUAUUGAUUAUUGGGUUAAAGAGUAUGGCUUUAGACGCCUAAAUGAAGCAGAAGUCGAGGUAGAUGUGGACUUUUCUAGGCCAGUUCCUUGGAUCGAUGAAUUGGAAAAGAUUAUUCACAGACCUCAAUCACUUGCUUCUCAGCAACAGAAUGAAUCCACAGUCGACAUUGAGACCGCAGGCAACAGUAGUAGUGGCGUAAUCAAAGCUUCCAUUACCAAGACAAUGCCAUUUGUGAACGUUCUGGAACCUUCACAACCGGUGGCAGGAGUAAGACGAGGAAGUCAGCAACGUACUGCUGCUAAUAGUACUAGUGAUCAUAGGAUAAACCCCACAACUAACACUCCCAAUGAAUCCACCGCAAAUAUCCUUCUCGAACGUUUAAUGACCAUUCUUGAAGUCAAAAACUCUGCGCCGCUCUUCAAGUGUCAAACCGUGAGCAAUAAGUUUACAGAUCCCAAUGAAAUCAAUGCCACAGAUGCUCAGAGAAAUGCUCUCAAUAACGGUACUCGAAAUCUCGUUGUGGUCAACCAUUGGAGGGCGUUUGAUAAGUUCACACUCCAUAUUGACUUUCAAUUUCCCACUCAUGAACGCAAUUUCAGCUUUGUGGAAAUGCCUGAAAUCACUCUCUAUUAUCAUAACUUUAGAUCAAUGGAUGGUAAUCCAAGAAAGGACCUUAUUGAGAUAUCUUCAGGUUCUAUUUUCAAGGAUGGUGUGAAUGGAAAGGUGUAUCAAUUUGAUGCUUCGAAAGAGUCAUCAUCUUUGUCCACUCACCAACCUUCCACCACUUCUCUCGAAUGCAACAAGAAUCAGUCAUUGACCAGCAACACCUCUCUCAAUAAUGGUUCAAAGUCUCGUUCCAAUAUUCCGUUAAAUAACAACAAACCAUCCUCAGCAUCUCUUCAUUCAACUACUACCAUUUCCAAUACUACUACCAUCUCCCGUACAACAGUCACUUCUCCUUCUCCUGCCACUACUUCCAAUAAUCUAAGCAAUUCCAAUCCCCAGAAAUCUGUGCCACCAACCAGCAAUCAAUCCCGAAAGUCAUCACUACUCCGUUGGUCUUUGAAAUCUGCAAACGCUAAUAAUCUCACUGCCACAGGUGCUACGAACUCUAAUCCCACUAACGCGAUCGACAGCUAUAAAAGAGAUUUGGAAAUGAGGAAUGAGAUUGCUCAAAUUAUUAUGAACUCUUAUGAAACCUCGCAGCAAUUUGAUUAUGACGUCUCAAAGGUUUCUCGUGCACUACUCUAUUUCAUUCUGCAUGAUUUCACCCCAAGAUUCUUUUCUGAUUACUUUUCUCCCAAGAUUGCAGCACUAGAAUCCAAAACACAGCAAGCAAAAUUGCAACAUCUGAUGGAUCAUUAUGAAAAAACAGAUCCAGAGCUUGCAGUGGAUUUUGUAACUAUCAACAAGAAUCAACUCAAGAGCUAUCGAAAUAAGAUGGUAAAGAGGCAUACUUGCAGAGUGGCUAAACAGCACACUGUUAAAGAUAAUUGUAUUUCAUUCGUGCGAAAUCUUACCAAACUUAUGCCCUACGUGAACUACAAUCGAUUGAGUUUGCAGCAAAGAGAAGCCAUUCUGAGAACCUUUCUUCUCAAUCAUGUCAACCCAAAUGAUCUUCUUGCUACGAGUGACCAACUAUUCAUGAGUAGCUCCUUCUCUGGACUUCCAUCGCUCACAACCGAAAAACCUUUCCAUAUUCAAGUCAUGAGAAGAACAUGUCGAAUGCGAGACGACAACCAAGCUCUUCCUUUCUCUAGAUAUCUUGCAAACUUUAUUGAUUUAGAGGAAUUUCAGAAAAUGGGAGCGAUGAAUGCACCUCCAGAAAUGCCUUUCUCUGUUUUCCACAUUUAUUUCGAUGUUCUUUUUAAUGAGAAAGUUGCUCACCAUUCAAUUGGUUCUGAUAUGCCUCAUCAUCCUGUCAACACAGACAAGAUUGUUAUUCAGAGGCAUAUCUUAGAGAUACCAACAGAGUUUUCAUUGCGAUGGACUACCUAUCAAACACCCAAAGAAUCCAAAGAUACCUCUAAUACGAGCACUGUAUCGAAUUCGAGAUCGAUGUGGAAUCCUUUGUGGAAAUUCAUCUCCCUUUUCACAUUUUGCUCUUGCACUUCCGCUUGA